AUGUUGAGAAACGGUUUUGCAGCCUCGAAGAGAUCUAUGGCCACUGUUGCCGCGGAACAGUUGUUGCCCAAGAAGUAUGGUGGUCGCUACACGGUGACGCUAAUCCCAGGUGACGGUAUCGGUAAAGAAGUGACCGACUCCGUCGUCUCUAUAUUCGAAUCGGAAAACGUGCCCAUUGACUGGGAGACUGUGAGCAUCUCUGGUUUGGACAACCAAGAAGGUGUUCAAAAGGCGGUUGAGUCGCUCAAGAGAAACAAAGUUGGUUUGAAGGGUAUCUGGCACACACCUGCAGACCAGACCGGUCACGGUUCGUUGAACGUCGCAUUGAGAAAGCAAUUGGACAUCUUCGCCAACGUUGCAUUGUUCAAGAGUGUUCCAGGUGUCAAGACGCGUCUGCAAAACAUCGACUUGGUGGUGAUCAGAGAAAACACCGAAGGUGAGUACUCUGGUUUGGAACACGAGUCCGUUCCAGGCGUGGUCGAAUCUCUCAAAAUCAUGACUAAGCCCAAGUCUGAAAGAAUUGCUAGAUUCGCCUUCGACUUCGCUCUAAAGAACAACAGAAAGUCCGUGUGUGCUGUGCACAAGGCUAACAUCAUGAAGUUGGGUGAUGGUCUCUUCAGAAACUGUGUCAACGAAGUCGGUGCUAAGGAGUAUCCAGAGAUCGAGGUCAAGAACAUCAUUGUCGACAACGCUUCCAUGCAAGCCGUUGCCAAGCCUCACCAAUUCGACGUUUUGGUUACCCCUAACUUGUACGGUUCCAUCUUGGGCAACAUCGGUGCUGCCCUAAUCGGUGGUCCAGGCUUGGUCCCAGGUGCCAACUUUGGUAGAGAAUUCGCAGUGUUUGAACCAGGUUCCAGACACGUCGGUCUAGAUAUCAAGGGCCAAAAUCUUGCCAACCCAACUGCCAUGAUCUUGUCUUCUUCUUUGAUGUUGAGACACUUGGGUUUGAACAGCUACGCUGACAGAAUUUCUAAGGCAACCUACGAUGUGAUUGCUGAAGGUAAGUCUGUCACCAAAGACAUUGGAGGUACUGCUUCUACUACAGAAUUUACCAAUGCUAUCAUUGAGAAGUUGAAGACUUUAUGA